UUCACUUUCAAUGUUAUCGAUAGGAGUUAAUGAAUCGGCGAUAGUGUUGAUGUUCGGUGUUAUUUCGUGAUAUUUUGACAACAGGAAUGAAUGUCACGGCACAGGAAGAAAAGAAUCAGGUUGUGCGUAGACGGAUGCUCGAUCUGCAUGAUGUCCACGUGGGAAAAGUACCGCAUGAUUCGCCCUGGUUGCGAAGUGUCCGUCUGCGAUUCUUGCAAGACGGCCAACGUAAGGAGUGGGACGUGAUAAGCAUCCACGACAGCGUUUGUAUAAUUAUCUUCAACAUAAGUCGAAAGAAGCUCGUGUUUGUCAAGCAAUUUCGGCCGGCUGUAUAUUACGCGUUUCUACCGAAGGAACAAAAGGAUGUCGAUGUCAAACGUUAUCCCGCGACGCUCGGACUGGCCUUGGAACUCUGCGCUGGUAUCGUGGACAAGGACAAGCCUCUCGUCGAAAUAGCCAGGGAAGAAUUAAGAGAGGAGUGCGGCUACGAAGCGCCCAUUUCGGCCUUUGAGGAAAUCACUACUUAUUUAUCCAGCGCUUCUGCUAGUGCAAAGCAAACUCUUUUCUAUGUAGAGGUCACAGAUGAUAUGCAUAUACACCCUGGCGGUGGUGCUGAAUCUGAAGGUGAACUUAUAGAAGUGGUAGAAUUGAGCAUUCCAGAACUAAAAGAUUACAUGAGAUCCAAGGAAAUACAGAGCCCCUCCAGCUUUCUCUUUGGUGUGACUUGGUUUCUAUUUAAUAAAUCUGAAUACUGUUCAUAGAUUAAAACUAAAGAUCAUUCCGCUGUUAUCUAAAAUAAAAUAAAGCACUACCAAUUAGUCACAAAUAAAAAAAUUAAUU